CAUUUUUAAAGAAGCCCCAUGCUGAUAAGUCAACCAAUCAUAAAAUAAUCGGUGAUUAAUUGACUAACCGUAAAAAUAAUCGGUGAGUAGUCGAUUAACAAACUAUUUUUGUGGCAAUCUACUUGCCACCACUAGCUGAUUUAACCAAGUAGACACUUUUUUCACGCGUAAUGUAUUUAAUUUUUGGAUAAAAACAUGAGUUGAUAUAUUUCUUUCUUUUUCUUUCACUUUUUUCAGAUAAACUUCUCUGUUAUGUGUUUAGUUAAAAACCUUUCUGUCUCUCGCCCCAAACUUAAAAAUGAAGUCAGCUGACGAGUACUUGGCAGUUGAUUUAGCAGCAAAACAUUUGUUUUUCAAACUGAGUGCAUGAUAAAUUAAUGAGUGUGAAUAAUGGCCACUGUGGUGUGUCGGUUCUGCUGAGAGUAACAGUGCCAUGCAUGAAAGUGUUGACAAUCAUCCUGCAUGAUUGCAUUCCAAAGUUGUCCAAAGUAACCAGAAGUUCAGCAGCCAAUGACACUUCACUUCCUGCUUCUCAGCACAGCUACAUUUUGCAUUGUUGUCUAACUCGGCGACACCCACGCCAGCCUCCUUGCGAUCCGGCAGGAUACAAAGUUCUCACACAAUCCUGACCAUGGGAGAAUCUGGGGGAAGUUUCUAAAGCGGACUAUGUCUCUCCCGGAGGAGGACCUGAUCUGCCCCGUCUGUUGCGAGAUCUUCAAAGACCCGGUGGUGCUCUCGUGCAGCCACAGCUUCUGCAGGGCAUGCCAAGAGCGCUGUUGGGACACGGGUCUUCGCGAGUGCCCUGUGUGCCGCAAGAAGACCUCCAAGUCUGGCUGCUUCCCCAACCUGGCGUUGAAGAACAUUUGCGAGGCCCGCCGGGAGAUGCAAGAGUUGGAGAAGACUCUGCUGUGUCCCCUGCACAGCGAGAAGUUUAAACUCUUCUGCCUGGAGGACAUGGAGCCCAUCUGCGUGGUGUGCCAGUUCUCCAAGGUGCACAAGGACCACCCGUGCUCACCUGUAGAGGAGGCGGCACUGGACUGCAAGGAUCAACUGAACGACUCCCUCAAGAGCCUGCAAGACAAAUUGGACAAACUCAAAUCCAACCACAAGACUUCCGGCGACAUGCUCCAGCACAUCAAAGAACAGGCGAUGGAGACGCAACAUCUGAUCCGGGGUAUGUUCGAGGAGCUCCGUCAAAUGCUGUGCCGGGAGGAGGAGGCCCGGCUAGCGGCGGUUAAGAAGGAGGAAGAGGAGAAAAUGGCGGCCGUCAACCGCAAAUUGAAGGAGAUGGAGGCCGACGCACUGGUGCUGAGGGAAAACAUAGGUGUGAUUCGCCAGCUGCUGAAGGAAAAUAACAUGAUUAUGUUAAAGAAGUUUAAAAAUCACCAAGACAGUAACCCAGCACUACACUCGGACAACAUGUGUGGCAUCCUCAUCGACGUCAACAACCAUCUCUCCAAUCUCAAGUAUAGAGUGUGGGAGAAUAUAUUGGAACAUAUUGAUUAUACCCCUGUGACCUUGGACCCCAACACGGCGCACCCUUGCCUCUUCCUGUCCAACGACUUGACUUCCUGUCACUACAAAGACCAGAUGAAGCGUUGCCCCGACAACCCGGAGCGCUUCCACAUGAGCGCCGAGGUGGUGGGUGCUGCCGAGAUAAGCUCCGGCAGCCACCUCUGGAUUGUGCACACAGGCAGCAAUCAGGACUGGCUGCUCGGUGUGGCCUCGUCAUCCGUCCCCAAAAACGCUGAGGUCAAUGCCAGGCCUGAAAACGGAUUCUGGACGCUGUGCUUCAGGGACGGACAGGUCAAGGCCAUGACCUCGCCUCCGACUCCACUUGAGACAUGCAGGACGCUAGAGCGGGUCAAAGUGCAGGUGGAUUAUGACCAGGGUGAAGUGACGUUCUGGGACGCCGAUGAUGACUCACUGCUUCAUGCGUACCGGCACAACUUUGAGGAAACGCUGCUUCCAUACUUUUACACGCAGAGCAACCAGCCGCUGAGAAUCCUGCCAGAAAGGGUUCGGGUCACUGUGCUCAGGCCAUAAGAUUUUACCUACCUCCACUCAAGAGUCGUAACUUUUUUGGGGAACUAACCUCUGAACCGCUUUGUGGCACUUUAUCAACACUCUUUCAAGAAUUUUUAAGGGUUUGAAAAAAACUACAUAUUUUACUUGAGAAUGGUUUGAACCAAAUGAGUCUUACUAUUUUGGGUUCAAACUAUCAUGCUAUCCACCCAUAGUUAUGCUCAUCAUUGCAGAUACAAAACAAAUUUGUUUUCCAGGUUUGGUCAUUGCUGUUAAAAGGAAAGACAAAGCUUAUAGCGUAAAUGACCUUCAUGUGAAAGACAGUUACUCAGAGCAAGGGCGUAGGUUUGCAUAGGGACGGUGGGGAUAUAACACUACCAACUUUUCAUGAUGCUGAAAUUAUCCCCACCAACUUUCAAGCAACCAUAUUUGUAUUAUGACUUCAGUUAUAUAGGUCGUUUAGAUUGUCUUCCUAUGUGUUGUGAGGAUAGAAUUGAUCCUACCAUUAUUAAGUGAAUUACAGUACUUUCAUUAUGUUCAGCCUUACAUUGACCCCUUUUCACUCGCUGAAUGUGCCAGUCCAUUUUUUUCCCCUCACACGCAUGUUUGAUUGGCUCAUGACUUCAGCCCCCCCCCCCCCCCCCCACACACACGCAUUCACAGCCCAACAGAAAUACAACAUGCCGCCUCCCCCGCCCCCUUCGAAGACGAGGGAUAUUAGAAGUUUUUUUUUCACCAGCAGCAGCCACUGUAAGUAAUGUAAAAAGACGUCAAUGUUGUGGAGGUGGGGAACACACCACUAAUUUUGCAUCUGCUUCAGUGCUUCAAGUCAAUUUUACUCACUUAGGUUUCUUGACAUAAUAAAAACAGCUAGCCGAAAAUAAGGUUAACAGACUUAUUUUAAGCAAAAAGUUUGUAUUUUUAAUCUUAAAAGAAAAACUUGUUUAUCAGAAAUGUUCUUAAUGCAAGAAGAAAGAAUUAUUUGAAAGCAAUUUUUUUCUUGACCAACUUUCAGAUGUAUGGGCUCAAUACGAAUAAAUAGUAAUAUUCACUUAAAGUAAGUGGAAGAAUGAGACGCAUUAAUCUGUUAACUAGCCUUUAAUACUCAAAACAAGAUGGGAGAAAAUUAUUUGACUACAUUUAACAAAAAAAUACCUGAUUAAGACGUUAUAAAUUUGCAGUGUGAAAGUUAGUAUAGGUCAGCACAGAUUUAUUUUGCAUUAAUCAUUUAGCCUAUCAAUUAAUUAGGUUCAUAUUGGUGAGAAGUGUAGCCCUGACCCCCGUUCACCAAAUAUAUUGGGUCUUAUUAAUGUCCCGUCCCCAGCAAAAAGUGUACAUGCAGGUUAUGCUGCUAUAUCGUCCCUACCAAUAUUGAGACCAAACCUACGCCCUUGACUCAGAGUAUUUAAGUACUAUUUGAUAAUGGUUUAAACAGUAAAAAAAUGACACCGCGUACGGCGCAGUCAUUUUGUGAUGUCACUAAUAUCCACGCACAUACACACACACCAGCGGUCAGGAUGGAUAAUGGCCUUAAACGUGUAAUUAGUUAGACUAUACGGCAUGUCGGCUACACUAAUCUGCCUCUUAUACGUGCAAGAAUUUACACCGAUAAGUUAGCCAGCUAAUAUUACCCGUCGCUUAAUAUAGACUAGUGUGUCCGUACAACAAUCGGAUACUAAGGAUGUGACGUUAUGCCGUCGCCAUUUUUAGUGCGGCAUGACGGCAUCGUAAACAAUGGCGGCGGACGAUCACGACGUUUUCGACAUUAACAUUCCUGUUCCACACAUUUUUCUUGAACCUUCAAACUACGUCGCAAUCAUAUGCUUCAAUUCAUUGCCCAUUUGUGGUCCGGAGACAACGCGGGAGACAAUCUCUGUAAGAAUUCGCUUAAGUGUCUGAUCAGCCAGCUGCGGGGCCGGCCCCUCUCAACUCAAUGCCGACCGAACAUGAGUAUAUAAAAAUGCGUAGAGGAAAAUUAAACCCCGAAAAGUGAACUGCGUGGUACCCCCAGUCAAAGAGGCGCGCGAUCAGUUUUUUUCAUGACAUUUCCGCCUGUCAAAACUGUCGCCACUUCCAGGAUCGCCAUUGUUACGCACAAGCAGUCCUGGUUGCGGCUUCUAGGAAAUAUAUGCAGGGCCACAACGUAUAUUUCUAUUUGUUAUUUUCAACUGGUGAGAGCGCAACCGAGCAUCGACAGUAACAUCCGGAGUUAUGAUGUCAGGCUUUCGUCGUUGUUUUCUAAAGAUUUAUUUCAAUCACAACUCGGCGACUGUUCGUAAAACCCGAGCGUGCCCUCCUUUCACUCUUGCUUCCACGUGAAGCGUUCAAUUGCGUUCACCAAAAAAAAAAAAACAGUGAUCACAAAACGGAGUUCCCGACCGGAGUUUCCUGCCGGUGAGUAAUGAGUUUCCGGUUCAGAGGUAAACCUCGACGGCGAUGACGUAACACAUGAUUGUGCUUCUUUCUACGAAAGCGUAGUUUGCAUAAAUGCAGGCAUACCUUGCAGAAGCGGGGGGGGGGGGGGGCUUAAACUUACCUUAAACCAGUGCUUCUCAAUUAUUUUCUGUUAUGCCCCCCAGAGGAAGACGUAAACGUUUUGCGCCCCCCCAACUCUCUGCCGCCACUAUAAAUAUACUGUAUUAUCAUUUGUAUAUAAAAUUCUUAUUAUCAUAUGCACACCUCUGCAUAACAUUGAGUUCUUUUUAAUAUUAAAAGAAAAAAUUAAUAUAGAUCAACUUACAAUAAAGUGUAAAAAAAUAACAAACAAAAAAACAUAGGUUACUGUAAAAAUUACACUCAAGAUACAUUUUUUGACCGUUUGAUAGUGAAAAUUAAAAUUUAAUAAAAUCAAUAAAUAAUAAUGAAUUCAAAUUGAUUAGCAACAUUAACUCAUCAGGAUAAUAUGCCAAACAAUUAGACUGAAAAAACAAAAAUUAAUAGAACAAAAACAACAGUGUCAGUGGAUGGAGGGACAAUUUUUAUUUUUGCUGCUGGCAGUAUCAGCUCCUUUGUUAUGGUGUGGGUUUAUUUUGCAUUGAGAGACUAGGUAUGCCACGUUAAAUGAUGCUGACAGUCCUUGCUGGUUUACUUAUUUAACAUUGACUAAGCGGGAGGAUUGUUGGCAAUAUUCCGCACGUUUUCGCUGAAAAAAAAAAAUUCCUGCUGUCCUCUGCAAACAUUUUUAGACAGAGUAAACAGACUGGUCUUUCCUCGUCUCCCACUGUACUAAAAGUCAGAGCCAAAUGCUACAUACGCUUCGUCAUAUUUCCUUGUCUUAGCUUGUCAUAUCUCCGGUGCUCUUUGCUGUGUGCUCUUGUUUGGUUAAAAAAAAUACGGCGCACACGUUGAAAAUGAAGGCGGCACUGCAACGGCAAAAAAGUAUGUUCCCCAAGGUCACAUGUGCCACCCCCAGCAUCGCUCUGUGCCCCCCUGGGGGGGCCCGCCCCACUAUUUGAGAAGUACUGCCUUAAACAUAGUGGGGACAGGUAUAAAACUAGUUGGCAAAAUACCCUGGAGAAAAUUAUCCAUCCGAUUGUAGACGUAGCCUGAUAGACUCUAGCACUGGCGCAUGUGAUAAUGGUUAUUGAUGACAUCAUGAGGAAUGCAAUUUGGGAUACUUGCGUUUGAUUGGCUAAAAAAGUAUUGCCGUUAUUAAAAUUUUUGCCCUCUUUUCUGGGUGGCCACUUCCUGCCUCCAUUGACGUUUAUCUCCACUAUUACACAUCAGAAAAAAAAAAAUCAAUUCUGUGUUUUUUCAAUUUAUUAACCAAUAUUCUUUCUGCUGGGAUGAAUAUAAUAAAGAUGCUGUCCAUCCCUUUAAUUUCAGUCAAAGGCAGAAGGUGCAACAGGGCAAAAUGGAGGAAGGAAAAUUGAAGGAUUUAUCUAUUUUUUUGUUGCUCCGCGACUGUAGUAUCACUGAAAAUGCUGUUUUGACCUGGAGUGCCAAUCCUUGAAAACAAAUUCCAUUUUAUGUAUGCAUUUAAUGUAAUUUGAGCUUUAUGAAAUAGCUAUGCUCUCUUGGUUUUUUUGUCUGGGCCAAAAACACGAUGCAGGAAUAUAAUAUUUACAUUCCUAUGAAAGUUAAGAAUGUUAAAAUGUUGGCUACAGUUACUAUUUCAUGAUAGCUUUAUUUUGUCGAGUGACUCUUUAAAUUUUCAUCAUUCACUGCCAUUAGCGGCGAUAGCUGUCCAAUCAGUUUGAACUGGCAGGGUGGCAGCAAAUAUUCACUACCAACCUCUCCCACUUCAAAUAGAUUGGACGUCUAUUGCCAUCAAAUGGCAGCUAAUGAGUUAAUUUAGUCACUUUACAUUAUUUCCUAGAGGAAAAAUUACUUACCAAGUAUGAGUACCUCACCAAAGAAGUUCCACUGUAUUAAUUAAUGUCUUGCAUUCAACUUUUGUACAAGUUUGCUUGAUGCAAGCCUGCACUAUUCUAGCAUAUACGUAUAAAGAUGGUCACAUAAUGCUAAUUGUUCAAAUGAAUUUUAUUGAUGUACUUCCGUUAACAUUGAACAGAAUUAUAGGAGGUCGAAAUUUGCAUUUUUGCUUUAGUACACAAUACUACACAUGAGGGCGUCAUGUCAAAUGACUAUUACCAAAGGAGGUCCUUUUUGUGUUGUAUUCUACUAUCAAUAUGGUACAAGGAAAUAAUAAA